UAACAGGAAACAUGAAACAGACUGUUGUGUGAGGAGGAGGAGGGCUGGCCUCGCAGUAAUCAGAGGAGUCAGGUAACCGGACGGCUCUCACCGACCCUCACUAACACACUGGGCUGUAAAGACGCUGAAAGAACAAGGUUAUUAUCACCGUUUCUCCAGAGGCUGCGGCUGAAGCCAACUUUGAAGGACUUUGAGGAAAAGUUAGAGGCUUUCUGCCGCCCUGCUGCCUUCAAUGUGACGAACGGAGCGGAGCGAAGAGAGCCGAGCCUUCUCAGGUGUUGGGACUCUGGAAGCAGGAUAUUUAUCCUCAUUGUGUUUUAUUUCAUUUUUUAAACCUGCUGCAUUUUUUUUCACAUAGUGCGCUUGAACAGGUGCCAGGAUGGACGAGGCCGAGAAGUACAAACAGCGGCUGGAGGCCAUUGCUGAGAAGCGCCGGUUACAGGAAGAGCAAGACAAAGCCAGGAGAGAAAAAGAGGAUGAGAGGCUGAGACAACAACAGCUCAAGAGGAAGUCUUUAAGAGAUCAGUGGCUGAUGGAAGGAAGUCCAUUAUCUCCCUUGUCACCAAACUCCCAGAACACCUUUUCGUCUCUGUGGGGAACUCAUGACCAGGAUAUGGAAGAGCAGAAUGACAAGUUGCAGUCGAGUGACCAGCAGGCGACUGUGCAAGCGGAUCAUGGAAUGGAGGCUGAAAAAGUGUUUGAAACCCGAGCAGAAAUCAACCACAUUGUUUUGGAGAAUGAAGACACCAUUCCAUUUGGAUCAGAAAAACAUGCUGAUGAAGACAAAAGGAGUCAGAGUCCACUACAGGGUGAAAAUGACGUUGUUUUGACCAAUGGUGGAGGCAGAGGUGAAGAAAGCAACGAUCACAGCUCCUCUGGGCAGAAUGAAGACAUCACUGCACCUUUUGGAGUCACAGAAGACCCUAACAACAUCAGGGUGGAGCCAGAGCUAAGUGUUACUGUGCCUGCAUGCACUCAGGAUCCCCAUGCCAACAAGAACGAGGAGGAGGAGAAGGGGGAAGAUGAAGAUGGGACAGUGGUGAUAAGAGCAGAGCCUGUGUACAUCACUGAUGAUGGCUCUGGGGACCUUUCUUCUCUGAAGAACCAGCAGGAGUCCACUUUGAAUCCAGAGGGAGUCCAGGAGAUCAUACAUGCUAUGGAGGAGGUGUCAGAAACAGAAGGAGCUCCAGAAACUUCACCAGAGUUGGAGACUGUAGAAGCAGCUGAGCUCACUGUCAAAGCACAACCAUCAUCUGAAGAUGCAGGAGACAUGAAAGGAGGGUCAGAACCAAGCAGCAACACAGAACCUGAAGGGGCAGCACCUGAAGGCCAGGAGGAGAAACCAGAAGAUCCAGACAGCCCACCAUCGCAUUUACACACAAAUACUCUAGAGGGCGCCACAGUGGCUUAUGUGCCUACCUAUGCUGAAGCUCCACUAUCCCCUCCUGCGCCACAGUCAGCAGCAGAGACCAAACAUCAAGCACCAGCUCCUCCUCAGGAGGCUGAGGAAGCUGUAAAUGUGGAGGAACCUGAAUCCAAGCUUGGUCAGUUCCAGGAGGUGCAGCUGACUGAUCCUGAACCUGGAGAACAGGAGGCCCUUCUGCAGAAGCACCAAGCCCCCAACCUGAGCGCAGAAUCUGCAGGAUCAAACAGCCCUGUCAGCUCAGAGACACAGAGCCCAAACAAAGCUAGCCAGGGAGAGAAAUCCCCCAAACAAAAAAGCUGCCAAUGCUGCUCUCUAAUGUAACCUUUCCUCCCAUCGCCCUGCUUUGAUGCAUCCAUUUCAUUUUUCCUGCACCUGUCAACCUCUAACAGGAUGCAUCUUCUUAGGACUGAUAUUAUUGGGAACAACCGUGUUAUACAAACCAAACAGCAUGGAAGACUCUUCUUAUCCCACAUGUUGCAGAAACCAAAUGUUAUUUGCCUUAAUAAA